UGUUCCCUCGUGAUCUUGAAAUUAACAACAGCCACAUAGAUGGUUUUAAUUUAGACGUGUUAAUUGGUCGGCCUCAGUAUCAUUAUAGGAAGAGAUGCAGAGCAACAGUGUAUAUAGCAAUAACAACACCCCAGCUAAUCAUUCAAUAGACGAUAUACUGGGAAACAACAAAUCUAAAGCAGCAUAUAUCAGCAGUUUUAAAGUGGGUCGUGAAAAGGAGGAAAUGAACAUGUCGGAAACAAAAGAAGAGAUUAUGAGCAAUGAGGACAAAAAUAACAAUAGCAAUACGGAAGAAGAUAAACUGGAGCAGGAUGAAGUUGACUCGAAAGGGGAUCUAAUAUCUGAUCAAGACGAAAAUAAAGAAGGCACAGAACAAAGCGACACGUCUGAUAGCAGUAAAAGAAAGAAGCGCAGAAACCGUACAACAUUUACCAGUUUCCAAUUAGACGAGAUGGAAAAGGUGUUCCAACGUACCCAUUAUCCCGACGUAUACAGCAGAGAACAGUUAGCUCUGAGGUGUGAUCUCACGGAAGCACGAGUCCAGGUGUGGUUUCAAAACCGAAGAGCCAAGUGGCGAAAGAGGGAAAGAUUUGGUCAACUUCCGGUCCGGCCACCUGGUAUUAAUGGAAAUGCCUACGAUAUGCCAUUUACACCACGGCCAGAUGGUUACACACAGGUACCCAUACAGCCCCGGAAACUCGAUAAAUGUACAUGUAGCAGAUACA